GAGGGGCUAUUAAUUUCUUGCAUGUGUAGCAAUGGCUGCUAAUAAUAAAUCUAGGGAUGAUUCAACAGGUAAUACUGGAGCUACGCAAGAUUCAUCAAUGACGUCAGUACAAAGCACUGAAGGGGAACCCCCCACUGCUGCUGGGAAUGUUAAGAAUGUCAGGAAGCCGAGAAUGAAAGCUCUACUGAAGAAACUCCAAGAUCAAGUUGAGUUUUAUUUCAGUGAUGCUAAUAUUAGCAAGGACCGUUUCCUCAAGCAGAAGAUGGCAGAGCAUGCUCAAGGACAUAUUCCUGUAUCACUGAUAGCAUCUUUUAAUAAAAUGAAGUCACUCACGUCAGAUCAAUCACUCGUCAUUGAAGCAAUGGAGAAGAGCCCAUUGUUAAAAUUGACCCCUGACCGUGAAUAUGUUUAUAGAGUGGAGCCACUCCCACUGCUUGAAGAGAAAGAGGUCAAUUCAAGAACAAUAUAUGUGGAGAAUUUGCCUCCCAAAGCUGAUCACAAACGUCUCAAUUCUCUCUUUAGUUCUUUUGGAGUUGUCACUUACAUUAGGUACUUAACAGUUUUAUCUAUUGUUCUAAUGAUUAGCUUCAGUCUGCCACGUCACAAGGUUUCUAAUGCAAUCAAAGGUUUUGCUUUUAUUGAGUUUGCUACAUCAGAGGAAGCUGAAAAGGCCUUGGAAUUUCUCCAAUUGAAUGAUGAAACUGAUAAAGCUACUGAUGAUACUGUUAGUGAUAAUACUGCAGCUGCUACUGGCCCUCCAGUAGAGGACAAUGUCUUCAUUUCAAACAAAACAAUUGCAGAAACAAGUGGUACUCUCACUGAAGGAGAAGUGGCAGCUGGUAAAGAUUCAAAUGUGGUUGAUGGGAGCAGUAGAGUAGAGACACUAACAGCUGGCCCUACUAAUGAAACAGGAUUGGGUAGCAGCUGUGGUUCAAGUACUGUUGGUGUGUCUUUAAAAAGAAAGAGAGACUCCAUUGAAGAACAAGAAGGAACUAAUGAUAGUAAGAGACCAGCAGAUACAGGAGCUGAUAAUGAAGAUACAACAGCUGGUGAUGAAGGAAGUGAUGGAGUGACCAGCACAAGAUCUGCUGCUGGAGAGAGAGAAGAGAAGAAAAGAGAAAGAGACAUUAUUGGUGAGGAGGACAAGCCAGCAAAAAGAAUAAAGACAGAUGACACUGAAAGAGGAGCAUCUCAUGUUGAAGAUGAAAGCAGCUCUGAUGAAGGAGGCCAUUCAACACUGAACAGACUCAACUCAACUGUAUUAUCUGAAGUUUCUGUGGCUGAAGAAGUUGAUGGUGAGGAAGAGGACGGAGAGAAAAAGAAGAAAAAUAAAAUGAGACGACAUCGAAAGAGAAGAUUGAGCAGAGCACAGUACUUGAAGACACUUCAGUUGAAAGCAAUGUCAAAAGAGAAGUGGCUGGAGAUGAAAGUUUUGUUUAAAAAGUUAGAGAAAGAUCACAUGAAAGAAUUAAAAGGUCACGUUAAGAGUAAAGAUGAGGAUGAUAAAGCAAAAACUAAAGGAUUUGUUUCAAAUUGUCUGGUCAAGAUAAGGUCCACUAAAGAUGACAUCACCCCUGACCAGCUGAAAAACUCCUGUUCACCAUUUGGUCCUGUGGCAUAUGUUGAUUUUAAAAAAGGAGACACUGAAGGGUAUGUGAGAUUCGGUACGUCAGGCUGUGUUGAUCAACUCACUAAAGAAAGUUCAGUAUUACUUGAAGGAGUCGCUUUUCAAGCUCUGGAAGAGGAUGAAGAGAGAGAAUAUUUCUUAAAGACCCAAACUGCUAGAAAGCAACACUUCAGUAACAGAAAACGUAAAACCACAAGAGGCCAUGAUAAACUCAUCAGUAAGGCUCUCAGCAAAUCUUCCGUCGUCAAAGAAGACAAAAACCCAAAACCUUCUUCAUCUCAUAUAAGGUUCUCAGACAAUGAUGAAUAAAAAUGUCAUUUGGAA